AUGCACCAGAUAAGUAUCUGCCCUGCAUGCUCUAACCUCCGUCUUUCCAGUCUUGCAGCUAUUGCAAGGAAGAGACCUGUCUAUUAUAAAUCUGUCCUUGCUGUACUGCUUGAUUUCGGUCCAAAUUUGGAGACUGCAAAGGGUCGCCAUACUGUCAGCAUACAGUAUUCCUUGAGAAGUGCUUUGUUGGGAUUUCUGAGGUGUACUCAUCCUGUCAUUGCAGAGCCGAGAGAGAGAUUGAUCAAGGAAUUGCGAGCAAUGAAUGCCGGAGAUGCUGCUGACCAAGUUAUUCGACAAAGAGAUAAAAUGAUCAGAACAAACGACCGUGUUUCUCGGGAUCAUCAAUUCAAUAGGGAAGAGCAGCUGUCCAGUCAAUUGCAUAUUUCAGGGGACAUAACAAAGAAAAGGUUGGCCCCAUCAGACAAUGAUGAUCAACUCAAUAGCUUUGACUCCACUUCCAAGAGAUAUCGUGCGGGUCCUCUCAACAAUACAACCACCAUUGGUGAUAGCAAUGGUGCUGGUCAUGUAAAUGGCAUAUCUCCUAAGCUCCCUGAAGACCUUAGUCCUGUCGAGCAGAUGAUUGCUAUGAUUGGUGCUUUAAUAGCCGAAGGAGAAAGAGGGGUGGAGUCUCUUGAAAUUUUGAUAUCCAACAUACAUGCGGAUUUACUUGCUGAUAUUGUUAUAACGAAUAUGAAGCACUUGCCCAAGGACUCACUCCCUUCCACGAGAUACAGUAACACAUCUGUUAAUCAUCGUAGUGAUUCUUCUAAUAAUCCAGUCCAGGUGGGGGCUUCAAAUGGUUUUGCAACUUCUGCAGAGACAUUGGACCUUUCAGCUCAAGUACCUGCAUCCUUGUCGAACAUUGCUGGUUUGCCGUUUCCUGACAUGUCCUCUUCCAUCACUCCCUCUAUGGACUCCAAACGUGAUCCACGAAGGGAUCCUCGUCGACAUGAUCCUAGGCGCGUGGCAGUCCCUGCUGAUGUGCCACCACCGACAUCUACUGUAGAAGAUAAUGUUAUUUCUGUCCAACAUGUAGCUUUACAAUCCAACGUCAAUUCUUCCAGCCCUACCCUUCCAUCAGUAUUACCACCACUGCAGUCUAUCUCUGAAAGUGCCUCUCAGCUUUCGGUGCCUGCAACACAGACUGAAAUAGUUCCAUCAGUAUCGCCUAUACAGGAGGUCGAACUGUCAGGUCAAAUACAUGAACUCCCGAAUGUAGAAGCCGAUGACGUUCUAGCUUCAGAAAGGGAAACAAAUAAUACUAUGCAUUUUUCACCUUCGCCUGUAAGCAUAGUUGAGGACACAGUUGCGCCUGCGUCAGUCAAUAUUGCGGUGCUUGACGAAGUCUAUUCCUCAUCAUCUCAAGAGGGGGACCAACUUUCGCCAGAUAUUUCUAAUUCUGAAACAACUGAGAGUGUAUCAGUAGAGUUGCCAGUGCUUCCGCAGUACAUUGAUCUCAAUGUAGACAAUCAAAGAAGUUUGAGGAAAGGGGCACUUGAACGGUUAUUCACUUUGUACCAGAAUUUUCAAAGGACGGAUUUUAAGGAAACUCAAAUUGCAUUGGUUGCCAGAUUGUUUGCACAGGUAGAACUAGAGAUCCCCGUGGAUAAUUUUACUUUGAGCAAAAUUGCUUUUUCUCUUCUAGUAAUUCAGGCUGUGUUGAUUCCAAAUCCCAGAGGGCAUUUUUUCGAUUUUCCAGAUUGCUGA